UAACAGGCUGUGUGGGAUGCCCAACAGCCGUUUCACUUCUUAAUUCGGUAUUGCAAAAUCAGAGGUGAAAUUGUAAUUCAAAAGAUCAGAGGUCAAAUUGCAAUUGUGCCAAAUUAUUCAAACAUAAUUAAUAGACGAUGGAAGAAGAAAAUGGUUUGUGUGACUGACUACCCAGAUGACCUUCACGUUGAGCUCCUAAUGUUUCUGCAGAGAUCCCUCUGGAAAGACAGCGUCGCUGGUUUAAGGAGUCCUUUGAUCACCUGCUGGCAAUCGCUCAGUCCCAGGAGUCCUCAGAUGCCGGAGUGUUGCUGAGUUCAGGGUGGCAAAUCUUCAAGGAUGUCCCUGCGGAUAAAAAUCCUUUCUGGUCUGAAUAUGUGCUGGGGUUCCGAACCAUGUCGGGGCGAGAACUGAAACAGUUUCCCAAUCACAAGUUUGGUCAAGCCUUUACCACCAUCAAAUGUGAAUGUUCCACCUACCUGCCAUGGCUGGAGAACAGGUUUAUAAAAGCUGGGGGUCGGAUAAUACGAAAGAGAGUGAGCAGCCUUGAGGAGCUAGGUCCAAGCUAUGAUCUGAUCGUCAACUGCUGUGGUCUGGGCUCCAGGUCCUUGGUGGGUGAUGAGGAGGUGUACCCGGUCCGAGGCCAGGUGCUGAAGCUUCAGGCCCCCUGGCUGCAGCACUUCAUCAGGGAGGGGGACGGCCUCACCUACAUCUUCCCCGGCACGCACAGCGUCACCGUGGGGGGCACCCGGCAGGUGGGUGACUGGAGGCUGGAGGUGGACCAGGGGGACAGCGAGGGCAUUCUGGAGCGCUGCAGCCGGCUGGAGCCCUCUCUGAGCCGGGCACAGGUCCUGGGGGAGUGGGUGGGUCUGAGGCCUGGCCGGAGGAACCCCAGGCUGGCAAGGGAGCUUGUGCUGCUCGGGGGCCGGCAGGUGCCGGUGGUGCACAACUACGGGCACGGGGGCUGGGGGGUCGCCCUGAGCUGGGGGACUGCCCUGGACGCUCUGGGGCUGAUCAGGAGCUGGCUGUACGAGAACCCACCUAAGGCCAGACUGUGAGGGAACACUGUGUUGGGAGUGGGCACUUACACUGAUAUGGACUGCAAUUAUAUAGUGCGUUUUCUACCUUGGCGGCUCUCAAAGCGCUUCACAUUUUGCCUCUCAUUCACCCAUUCAUACUGACACAUACCAUACACACAGACGGCGGCGGAGCUGAUAUCUGCUGAUUACGUUAGUCAGAAAAAAAUCUUUGCACUUAAAUAUCAAAAUGAUAAUGUGUUUAUUAACAAAAGUGGAAAUGACAUUCAAUUAAGCUUGUUUGGCAAAUCAUGGAGAAUGCCUUUAGAUGUUUAAACCUCCAAUUAAGCUGUGCUAGGAAAUGUUUGUAAAACACUGGUUGUUUAAUACAUCAGAUAUUACAGGGGCUGUUUCAGUGCAGUUGUGAGUCAUGAGUUCUGGUAGCUUUUGAAAAUGUGUAAAUAAUGUUUUGCUUUUUUUGAUUGUUUUGCCUUGGCUCUCAAAUAAAUGCUGAAUAUUUGUAUUUUUCUGAAAUUAAUCUUGAACAAAUUGCAUUACCCACACAAAAAGCUUUAAUACACAUCUGUAACUCAACAAUAGUGAUUGUAAAUAUUGUUAUAUUAAAUAGGCAAAAUGACAA